GCUCGAGAUCUUUGCCUUACACCAUACAUGAAUAAUCUGUGUCUUUUUUACUAUUCUCAAACAACGAUCAUUAAUUUCAUUCAAUAAUACAUGUUUCCACCUUCAUUUUCUUUGCCUCACUUUCUCACCAUCAACGCAGCAUUACACCGUCUCUGAGCCAAAACAAACAACCCAUCCUCUUUAAUAACACAGCACAAUCAACAUGGCUACGAUGCUAAAGGCCACAGAACGCCAUUUCUACUUCCACGGUAAAGAGGGCUAUGAAGUAGAGCGCAAUAAUUGUCACUGGUGUCAGAUUCGCGCUUUUCCGACUCAUUCAACACUCCCAGUGACAGUUGUUAACGAAGAAGACAAUGAGGUACUUCCUGAUGACUUUAGAUUCAUAAACAACGUCGUCCUUGGUAAAGGAGUUGAGCAAGCUGGUAAUAGCUUCCGCAGCGGCUGCUCCUGCGCCAAGGACUCAGAGUGCCAAUACACGAGUUGUCACUGUCUCGCCGAUUUAGAAGACGACGAUUCCAGCGAUGAAGAGGGAUUCGAUGCCUUUGGGGACAAGAUAGAGAGAGCCACACCAAAACCUCGGAGAAUAGCAUAUGCAUACCACUCCCACGGCGCAAAGGCCGGUCUUUUACGGUCCAAGUUCCAUAACUCAAAGAUGCCUAUCUACGAGUGUCACCAAAGCUGCUCCUGUAGUAUAGACUGCCCAAACCGCGUCGUCGAGCGUGGCAGAACGAUUCCUUUGGAGAUAUUCCGCACACCAGACCGCGGAUGGGGAGUUAGAUCUCCCGUGUCAAUUAAGAAAGGCCAGUUCGUCGACCGAUAUCUCGGUGAGAUCAUCACAUCUAAUGAAGCAGAUCGACGGCGCUCACAGUCUGCUAUCUCUCAACGCAAGGAUGUUUACCUAUUUGCUCUCGACAAAUUCACAGACUCCGAGUCGUUUGACCAUCGGUUAAAAGGCCCAUCCCUUGAAGUAGACGGUGAAUUCAUGUCUGGCCCGACGCGAUUCGUCAAUCAUUCAUGCGACCCCAACAUGCGAAUCUUUGCGCGCGUGGGUGAUCAUGCUGACAAGCAUAUUCACGAUCUUGCCUUGUUCGCAAUCAAGGACAUACCUGAGGGUGAGGAGCUUACUUUUGACUAUGUUGACGGGGUUUCACACGAGGGGGAGGAAACGGGUGGCGACAUCGAUCAUAUGACUCGUUGUCUAUGCGGAAGCAAGAAGUGCAGGAAGUUCUUGUGGUGAUCAUUUUGAACAGCCAAGUGAACUUCGUUGCAAGGGAGGUAUCUGGAUGCAAGUUGGACGUUGAGCUCAUCACUUUUACUCCAAUCUGCUCCUGGCAGUGACUCGCCUCCCCUUAAGCUUACUUAAACAUGAAAAUAAAUCAUGUCACAUUUUACGUCAGUUUCUAUAUCUGGCUGUCUCCUUGUUCUUUGACACACAGGAGUGACCCGGGGGCUGACCAGGCUCAGGUUCUUUGUGAGCAUAUCGGCGUUCUUUGUCCACCAUUGUUCUUUGAGAAGAGCUCGGAACAAUGCUUUACAGACUUUCGUUUCGCAUUGGGUGUUAAACGAACGGUCACAAGUAACUCGAAAUGAACUUUGAGCAAUGGCGGUUAUAUAAGUUUUUCCUCCAUUCCUGGGAGUUCGAGACUCUGUCGCUUACUUUUCCCCUGCUAUUAAUAUUGCCAAAUUCAUUUCUGUAUUCAACUAUGAAGCACUCAA